AUGACUCGCUUUCUUGCGGUACUGAUUUUACGAUCUUUAGAUGCCACCUUGCUGAAGAAGGCACAGGAAUACAGCACCACUCAGAGUAGCUCCAUCGGGGCCCUGCGCUGGAACUUGCCAGAGGAGGACAUCCAGGUCCACAACUCGGCCCCGAGCAGGCCCAUCACCAGCGGCAAGCUCACCGGACACUCGCAGCAACAGCCUCGCCAGAACAGCUUGAAGGACCUGCGCAGCCUACAGGAGUGCGUGCAGUUCAUCCAACACUGGAAGGAGCAAGUGGACCAGGUUUGCAAGCAUGCCGGAGCGGAUCCAGAAGCGGCGCCCCCGAAGUCGGAGAAGUCCGUUUCACGCACCGAACGCAGUCUGGAGGAGAGCCGCAAACUCAUCUCCGAGUGGGCUGACGAACUACGCCACGUAGACAAGUUUCUGGAGGGGAAUCCCUGGAAACAAGACCGUGAAGACACACAAGAACACAAGAAGGACUUGGAUACCAACGAGGAUGCGCAAAUGAGGGUGAUGGAGUGGGCCAAGGAGGUUCAGACGGUUUCUGAGAGCUGCGGGGUCCAGAGCGAAGAGUUGGGUAAAGUUCUACGUCUGCUAGGCAUCAAGAAGAAGCGACUUGGCGUCAUGCUGCCUCUUCUGGAGUUCAUCACCUGGUCCCUCCUGAAGGAAGACAGCGCGGGCAUGAUGCCGCAGUUGUGGUUGUCGGCAAAGCAGCGUACAUGGAAACCGGGAUCGUCCAAAUACAUCCCCAACUCAGUUUGGGAUUGGAUCCGCUGCGCCGAAGCUGAUGUGCUUCUGGAUCCGAAAACCAACCACCCUUGGCUGACUCUGUCCGAGGACCAGCGGCAAGUCCAGGAGGGCCUGCGCCAGGUCGAGCUGCCGCACACCUCGCAGCGCUUCGAUAGCUGGCAAUGCGUGCUGGCCUGGGAGGGCUACAACCGGGGUCGCCACUACUGGGAGGUGGACAUCGCCAACAGCGGGUACUGGCGAGUAGGGCUCACCACCGUCAACUCCCAACGUCACGGUCGCUUCCCCAUGAACCCCAAGACGGGUUACUGGUGCUUGUGGCGCUCCACGCACCAGUUCUACGCCUGCACCAAGCCUGAGACGCCGCUACCCGCCGGCCUGGUGCCGCGUCGGAUGGGGAUCUUCCUAGACUACGAAGAGGGUCAGGUGUCCUUCUACAACGCCGAAAGCAAAACGCACAUCUACACCUUCACGGGCGCCUUCAAAGGGAAAGUGUACCCGCUGUUCACACCGCUAGACGGCCGCACUCUUAUGACCAUUAUGCCGCCGCGCAGUAUCUAA